UCUCUGCCCACUCCCUCCCCACCCCCCUCUCUCUCAUCAUAUUCAUGGUCAUGGUUCUAUUAUCUUCUCAGCCUUCCUUGUACCUACAUCCCUUGGCCGGCCGGUCUAGAGUUCACCCUCCCAUAUCGCCGAACCGCCGGUUCUUCUCACUUCCCAGUCCCAUAAUUACAAUAUUGCCCCCCAAGAAGUGUUCCAUUACGACAGCUACUGUUACCGGCAGUUGGUUCACCGCCCCCCUCAUCUCCCCCAGUGAUCACUGGGGCACUUGGACUGCUAUCAUUGCCACCGCUGCCUUUGGCAUCUGGUCAGAGAAAACGAAGAUUGGGGGUGCAGUGAGUGGAGCAGUUGUAAGCAUUCUGCUAGGCCUCACAGCGAGCAAUAUUGGAAUCAUAGCUUCUGAGGCUCCAGCAUAUGGAGUUGUAAUGGAGUACUUGCUUCCCUUGGCUAUUCCUUUGCUUCUCUUUAAUGCUGAUCUUCGCAAAGUGAUUAGGUCUACGGGGACACUUCUCUUGGCAUUCCUACUUGGUUCUGUUGGGACGAUAAUUGGGACUAUUUUAGCUUACCUACUGGUGCCAAUGCGAUCUCUUGGGCAGGAUAGUUGGAAAAUUGCUGCAGCCCUCAUGAGUAGCUACAUUGGUGGAUCGGUUAAUUAUGUUGCUGUCUCGGAGGCUCUUGGUCUUUCUCGAUCUGUUCUCGCUGCUGGACUGGCUGUAGACAAUGUCCUGACUGCUGUAUAUUUCACAUCGCUUUUUAUGUUGGCUUCUAAAAUACCUUCAGAGACUUCUCUUCCCCCAGUUGCAGAUAACAUGGAGGAUUCUGGCGAUCAAGUGGGAGACAAGCUUCCUGUGUUUAAAAGUGCUACUGCAAUUGCUCUAUCAUUCACAAUCUGCAAAGCUGCUUUAAUUAUUACCAAGAAAAUUGGUUUUCAAGGCGGUACUCUACCUUGUAUUACAGCUAUUAUUGUGCUCCUGGCGACCACAUUUCCAGCACAAUGUGCAAUUCUUGCUCCUGCUGGAGAGGCUAUUGCUUUGAUUCUGUUGCAGGUAUUCUUUUCUGUGGUGGGAGCAAACGGUAGCAUCUCAAAUGUCAUUAAAACAUCGCCAAGUAUCUUCACAUUUGCUUUCAUCCAAUUGGCCACGCAUCUAGCUGUGAUUCUUGGAAUUGGGAAGUUACUUAAAUUUGACAGGAAGCUACUUCUUAUCGCUUCCAAUGCCAAUGUUGGAGGCCCUACAACUGCCUGUGGAAUGGCAAGCACUAAAGGAUGGAGUUCUUUGACAGUUCCUGCAAUUCUUGCUGGCAUUUUUGGAAUUUCCAUGGCGACGUUUCUUGGUAUUGGGUUUGGGCUAUUUAUACUACGACACAUGUAAACGUUUAUGGAGUAAUAUCCUACAAAGGACACCCUAUAGAAAAUCAUAUAUGGAGAUGGGAGACAUUUGUAACAAUAAGUCCGACUGCACUAGUGAUGUAUAUAGAGGGAGAGUCGUUACAAUUGUACCAGUUUUUUAUGACCAAGAAUCCCUUUGAAUAUAUAUCCAAUGCAGGUAUCUUUUGUUGCUGUAUUUU